AUGAAGUAUGAUACAAGCGUCACGGAACUCGAUAAUAUGUAUGUACACUUAACGAAUGUCAGUGUGCAGAAAAAAGGAGGCGAUUACAAUGCCAGACAUGGAGGGAAACUGGGCAUACAAAAUUUGAAGCUCUUUUUAGAAGGGACGAGGGGUCGCGACGUAACGGAUCGGCUUUUCAAGGAGAUACAUUGGCUAAUAGUGCACUCACUGAAAGCUGUGGCGCGGGUGAUGUCCAACGAUCGCCACUGCUUUGAGUGUUACGGCUACGACAUUAUCAUAGACGACAACUUGAAGCCGUGGCUUAUAGAGGUGAACGCGUCCCCAUCAAUGACGGCGACGACGGUCAACGACAGAAUUCUUAAGUACAAGCUCGUAGACAAUCUACUUUCGGUUGUUUUGCCCCCGACCGGUAUUCCCGACGCGCGUUGGAACAAAUCGCCGACUGCGGAAGCCCUAGGGGAUUUUGUAGUCCUUGUUGAUGAAGAUACUACGCCAAAACCGAAUAUAUAA